GGGGAGAGUGAAGAACCUGGGAAACCUGGCCCAAGCCACUUCCUCCAGAUGCCGAGUGUAACACAGGACAAGUCGGAGCUCUCUGCAGAUAUUCUCAUUCAGUCUAUACCUCAGUAUUCGAUCCCCAGCCAAUCCAGCUCCAAUGUGGUGGUGGAGCCCAGUGGGCUGCUGGACAUCACUGACUUCACCAGCCAGAGACUGGCUGAGGAGGAAUCUGUGCAGUAUUCAGCCAUGGAUCACGAUGUGGACAGCAGCAAUGAGGAGGGCACGGAGCCCAGUUCAAUGGAGAGCAGUGUUGAGCAGUCACACUGAGGGGCACAGACCUGUUAUGUUAUUCACCUUCUCUUCACAAGGAAAUGCUCUUUGUUAAAUAAAACUGUGCACAUACUGUAUAACUGCUCCAUGUAAAUAGGUCCCGAACACGUAGAUUUAGCCUUUUACAAGUGCACUUUGUGAGGGAUGUGUCUGAAUAAAAACCGUUAGCUGUUUGGCAUGAAUGGAGGGGACUCCCCACACAGGGAAACUAACUCCCUCCACUCACUAUACAGGAGAUUGUUCCUUUAACUGUAGGCUGUGCAGAUUUGGGAUCAACAUUCGCUAACAGGACCAGUGAACCCCAGACACUGGCUAUUGUGAAGGGUUUAUAGGUUACCCACCAUCGCGCAGUUCAGCUGAUUGGAUCUUGGUUUCCCUCAGAGGCACGUCUGAACAAGCACACCGUCAAUAAAAUGUUUCUACUUCAUUCAUUCACUCAA